AUGUCUUCAGAGGUUCUUCCCACCGAGGUCCCGGGAGACCAAACUGAGCCACAGGAUUCGCGAGAGGGCGAGGCCCCUGCAAAGCAGCCGAGGCGCAGAGCUUGUAAUGAGUGCAAGCAGCAAAAGUCUUUCGAGCUCGAGAAUGAAGUCAGAGACCUUAGGCGCCGCCUGGCCACUCGUGAGGCGAGCAGCAAUGCAGCGAUCGAAUGGCCUAUUCUAACCCCAGCUGCACUUUCAGAAACUCGCGUCAGCGAUGCAAUCCAAUCAUCGCCGUCCAACGCGUCAGGCCCGUCGCUGGAUCCAAAAGAAAGCUCUCGCGUCCCUGGUCUAACCACCCAGCCCGUCAUUGACCAGCCUCAAGCGCCGCGAAGGUCAAUCAUUGCCAUUCCACGGCCCAGGAAGCUGGGCAAUGUUGAGCUCUCUGUCGAAGAGAUUGACGAGCUGUAUUUGAUCUAUAUACUCCACUACCACCCAUAUCUCCCGUUUCUGGACCCAGGCACAACUAUUCACGAGUAUCACGACUCAUCUGAGCUGCUUUUCUGGUCCAUCAUCUCAGUCGCUGCUCGACGGCUGCAGAGCCAUCCAACGCUGCUGCAGAAGCUGGCAAGAAGUGUUACAGACUUACUAUGGAAGACGCUUCGCUCAAUACCUUACUCUCUUCGAGCAGUGCAAAGCUUGAUUAUUCUCUGUACUUGGCCAUUUCCAACCAGCAGUAGCACCGCCGACCCAACGUACAUGCUUGCAGGCAUGAUGGUACAGCUUGGGACGCAAAUGGGCCUUCAUCGCGCGCUCAGCGCAGAAGAUUUUGUCAAAGUCCCGCUACAUCUCAGCAUGUAUGAGUAUUCAGAAUGGAUCAAGACAUGGGAAUCUUGCAAUAUUGUCGCACAAAGUGUGAGCGUUGGAUGUGGCCUUCCCGCCACGAUACAGAUGCAAGAUUGGUCCCUCACAGUUGCACCCGAGUCAGCAACAUUGUCUCUUCAUGACAUUGCCUUAAGGUGGCAUCUUCGCAUCGAGCAGUUUAGACAUAGAGUGUCUCAAGCCUUGACAUCAAAUGCUCUGGACCCCGCUGGCUUUACAUCAGUUCGCGAGCGGCUCUCUCUCUAUCGGCUUCUCAAUGCGUCUCUUGUUGACUUAGAGCGCGAGGCCAUCAAUAUGACUCCCAUAACUCGCCAUUAUCUCGCCGCCGCUCGACUCCAUCUCCACUCAUUCUAUCUCUUAGAUGAAUCAAGCGUUGAUGGUUAUUCCGAUCGCAUUGUAGUAUUAUACCAAACUGCAUAUUCGCUGAUUGAACAAUGUCUCGAGAUGGACAACGAAGAAAGUGGAUUCUUUCACUACUGCCCAUUCUUUUGUUAUCAAGUUUUCGUUUCCGCAGCAUUCAUCAUUCUCAAAGUCAUGAUGAAUGGAUAUUUCGAAAAGCUACUCGAUGUGAAAUCGGGUAGAAAACUCCUUGAUGCUGCUAUAUCUUCACUGCGAAAGAUGUCAGUUGCGAACAACGACCUUCCGGGCCGGCUCAGCGACGUGAUUGGGUUUUUCUGCACUUUGACCGAUCCUCGUGUUAUCAGCGGUGACUCGAUUGACGAUUUACGCUUGCGGGUUCGAAAUCGCCUCAGCAUGAGCAUCGUUUACGACUCGCUUUGGGAAUGGCGAAAGCAUUUCCAAUCAGAUGGCAAUCGCGACCAAAACUCUGAAGAAGCACAAGAUAAGUCGAAAAUUCUCUCUCGUAGCGUUCUCACUAACGCGACUUCCACAGCUGCUGUUUGGCUCUGA